AUGCCCGACGAGAAGGAAACCGUGCGGGCUCCUGGCAGCACGCCAGACGAAUCUGACAUUGACAACGGCCGGCCCGUGGCCAUCAACGAGAAGCGCCUUCUGCGAAAGAUCGACCUUAGACUCCUGCCCGCCGUCGGGAUUCUUUACCUGUUGUCAUUCUUGGACAGGAGCAAUGGCGAGGAGUACCUCACGGGUCUCACACUUUACUUUGUCGGCUACGUCCUCUUCGAGAUCCCCUGCAACAUCGUUCUCAAGCGCACGACUCCACGAUUCUGGCUCCCCGUGCUGACUAUUGCCUGGGGCAUCGUCGCGACUCUGCUCGGGGUGGUACACAACCGCGAUGGGUUCUGGGCCGCGCGCUUCUUCCUUGGUGUCACGGAGAGUGGUCUGUUCCCCGGCGUCGUGUAUUAUUUCUCCAUGUGGUACAAGCGAAGGGAGCGACAGUACCGCAUCUCUCUAUUUUUCUCAGCAGCUAGCCUUGCAGGGGCCUUCGGAGGAAUUUUGGCUUAUGGCAUUGGCAAAAUGGCGGGUGUGGUGUGGUCUACCGGAUGGCGGUGGAUCUUUAUCCUUGAAGGCAUUGCCACCGUUGUCGUAGCCUUCCUGGCUUUCGGCUUCAUCCACAACUACCCCGAUACAUCCAAGUUCCUCAAUGAGGACGAGCGAGCGUUUAUCCACCAGCGCCUGGCUGCCGACAGCGAUGCCACGAACCACGAAGAAUUUAGCUGGGCUGCGGUGCGCGAGGCUCUGACGGACGUCAACUGCUGGCUGUAUGGCCUUGGGUUCCACACGUGCAGUCUGCCACUGUACACGCUGUCUCUAUUCCUGCCCCUGAUUAUCACCAGCCUCGGCUACACGGCAGCGUACGCGCAGCUGCUCACCGUCCCACCCUACGCCUUUGCCUUCAUCACCACCCUCACCGUCGCCAUCCUGUCCGAACGGACCGGCCACCGCGCCAUCUUCAUCGGCGGGUCCGCCCUCUUCGCGGCCAUCGGCUACGCGAUCCUCCUCAGCAACACCAACCCGACCGCCCGGCCGGGCGUGUCGUACCUCGGCACGUUCUUCGCCGCGGGCGGCAUCUACCCGGCCACGGCGCUCGUGCUGUCCUGGCCGGCGAUCAACGUCUCGGGCCAGACGAAGCGCGGCAUCGCCAACGCCAUGCAGAUCAGCAUCGGCAACCUGGGCGCCGUGCUGGGCACGCAGCUGUACCGCCCGGCGGAUCAGCCCCGGUACAUUGUGGGCCACUCGUUUGCGCUGGGGUACCUGCUCAUGAAUGUGGUGGUGGUGAGCGUGCUGGGCUGGCGGCUGAAGAAGGAGAACCAGAGGCGCGCGGGCGUGGCCGAGGAGAUCAAGAAUGUGGGCGAGGUUGAGAACUGGAAGGGUGACUCUGAUCCCAGGUGGAGGUUCGAGUACUGA